GUGAGGGAUAAAAAGAUAGCUAAACCCAGCAAAGAGAUUAUGUAAAGGAGCUAGAGCAACUUCUUCAAUCGCUGGAAGCGCAGAAGAGAAUGAGAGAAUUUAAAAGCAGAAAUAUUAGUGAUAAUUCAGUACCUAAGCCCGCUAUGGAACCAGAUUAUGGAGAUGAAGUAAACGCAGAAAGCAAAUCUGGUGCAGCCGAAAUAGAGGUUAAUGUAAUAAACAGUCAUGUCAACUUAAAGAUUCAGUGUUCAAGAAGAGUUGGUCAGGUGGUGCAAGCCAUUGUCACCUUGGAAAGUUUUAGAUUAACAGUUUUGCAUCUCAACGUUACCAGUUCCCAAGCAUCUGUUCUCUACUCGUUCAAUCUCAAGAUGGAGCGGCUGAGAUAGCAGCAGCAGUUCAUCAAAUAUUCAGCUAAUUCAAAGUUAAAAAAGGAAGAAAGAUAUUAUCAUUUCUCAUUAGGCAGCUGACUUUGAUUCCUCCCGAAAGAAGGGUCCAUUGUUUGUUCCACAGACAACUCAAGACAGAUCCCUUGAUGUUUACAUCUUAACUUAAGAGACUUCCCUAGCUUUAUUACUAAUGAUUCUACCUGCUUUACUUAAUAGAAAUGAUAAUUAAAUCUAUGUAAUUUCCCGUAAGAUGUUUACUAAUGACUUUAUGUAAUAUUUCCUUUUUGGAGCCAAAAUAGAGCCAUUAAAGCC